AUUUCUGAUUUUCACGCUGGAGGAGCGACCGCUAGCAAUGCGAUUUUAAAUUGCACGCGAAUCGAUUGCGGCCUAUCAGUCGCCCAAAUCAGAUCAGUUUCAAUAGCCACUUCAAAGUGUAAUUCAAAGUGUACAAAUCGAUCAUCGAAAUCGGCAAAAAUGCAUUUCUUAAAUAUGAUUUGCCUCAAGCAAAAAGUUGCAUACUUCGCCAACAACAACAACAACAGCAGCAACAACAAUAAUUACAACAACAACAAUAACAGCGACAACAAAUUCGCAGCUGAGCAAAAUUCAACAGGAAAUCGUGUCUUUGACUGCUUUGGCAACAAGCAGACGGCAAAGGAGCAACAGGAGAUCGAAGGGGAUCGAAGUGAGCGCAAAAGUUCGAGCAGUUACAACGUGCAACAGAGGAGCACAACAGAUUGCAGCAAUCAGCACGCCAGCUACAGGCAAAAGGACACCGAGUUUGGCUGCAACAACAACAACAACCAAAUCAACAGAGAGGAACAGCAGGCGGAGCCAGAGCAGAAACAGGAGCAACAGCAAAUCUCAGUUGUUAUUGCCACACAGCCUAGGCGAUCUCAGUCGGCAAUCUUGCAGCAGCGAAGCACUAACAACAACAACAACAAACGUCCAGGAACACCACACGCCGCCAUCAGAAGGAUGACUUCGAUACCAGCCGUGUCGUCCAGCAAUAAUGUGGCUGCUGCAGGCGCUGCCAGUGCCACUGCACCCGACAAACAGCCAUGGCCCAACUCGAAGGAUGAUUACGAGUUGCGUGCGGUGAUUGGUGUGGGUGCCACAGCUGUGGUGCAUGGCGCGUUCUGUAUACCGAAGAACGAGAAGUGCGCCAUCAAGCGCAUAAAUCUGGAGAAAUGGAACACCUCCAUGGAUGAGCUGCUCAAGGAGAUCCAAGCGAUGUCCUCGUGCAAUCACGAGAACGUUGUCACCUAUCACACAUCGUUUGUGGUGCGCGAGGAGCUGUGGCUUGUGCUGCGUCUGCUCGAGGGUGGAUCACUCCUUGACAUUAUCAAGCAUCGGAUGCAUGCGGCCAACUGUAAACAGGGUGUCUUUGAUGAGGCAACGAUUGCCACGGUGCUGAAGGAGGUGCUCAAGGGCUUGGAGUAUUUCCAUUCAAAUGGGCAGAUCCAUCGAGAUAUCAAGGCGGGAAAUAUACUCAUUGGUAAUGAUGGCACCAUACAGAUUGCUGAUUUUGGUGUUAGCGCCUGGUUGGCCACCGGUCGAGAUUUGUCACGACAGAAGGUGCGUCAUACAUUUGUCGGCACCCCGUGCUGGAUGGCGCCCGAGGUGAUGGAGCAGGAUCAUGGCUACGAUUUUAAGGCGGACAUCUGGUCGUUUGGCAUUACGGCCAUUGAGAUGGCAACGGGGACGGCGCCAUAUCACAAAUAUCCGCCGAUGAAGGUGCUCAUGCUGACGCUGCAGAAUGAGCCGCCCACGUUGGAUACGGGCGCCGAGGAUAAGGAUCAGUAUAAGGCCUAUGGCAAGACAUUCCGCAAAAUGAUCGUCGAGUGCCUGCAAAAGGAGCCCUCGAAGCGUCCCACUGCCAGUGAGCUGCUCAAGCAUUCGUUCUUCAAGAAGGCCAAGGAUCGUAAAUAUCUCACCCAAACCCUCAUCCAGAAUGGCCCCAGCAUGGAGACCCGCGUCCACAAGGCGGCCAAACGUCAACCGGGCGCCUCGGGUCGUCUGCAUCGCACCGUCACCGGCGAAUGGGUGUGGUCCAGCGAGGAGGAGGAUAAUGGCAGUGGCCCCGGUGGACGUAAGCAUCCGUCAUCCGAUUCCGAGUCCGAGGAUCGUCCGAUUAAUCGGCUCGAGCGUGCCGCCGACAGCUCGGACAGCGAUCGGGAGGAGACAACACCCGAUAUUACACGCAGUGCAUCCUCGGCAACGAUGACGCCAGGCGCAGCGGGCGAAGCAGCUGCAACAGUUGCCCAAGAUUUGGCAGCUGGUCUCGCACAAAUGCCGCUGCCAAGUGAAGAAGGAGCUGCCGCCGCCGGAGCUGGUGCUGGUGGUGGCGAGGCACCGCCAGUUAAUCUGGUGCUGCGAAUGCGGGAUCUGCGACGUGAACUGCACGAUAUACGCUUCGAGUUUGCCGUGGGCAAGGAUACAGCGAAUGGCAUUGCCUGCGAACUGGUGGAUGCUGGCCUCGUCGAUAGGCUCGAUACGCAAUCGAUGGCACUGCAUCUGGAUCAAUUGAUUGCCAAAAGCGCCACCAUGAAGACAAUAACGUUCCAGCUCAGCUCGGGCGUCCAGCCCGGCGAGACGCUCGACGAGCGUUCGCUGUUUGGCUAUGCGCAGAUAUCCAUCACCGAAUAGGACACGGAGUUGGCCUAGUUGGCCUCAGCUUAGCUCCAACUUCAGCUCCAGCUCUAGCUCCAGUUCCAGUUGCAAACCCCAAUACGGUCAUUUACCGUAACAAUGCCUGCGCCGCUUUUUUUAAGCUAUAGACUAGACUAGACUAGAGACUAGAGAACUAUAACUGUAAAUGCUAGUGUUAUAGAUUCUAAACGCCAGUCGUGUCGCGUUUACUAUAGAAAUUAUAUAUGUAUAUCCUAAUAUAAAAUCCAUACUUAUAUACCAUACUCUUAUUUGUAACUCUCUCUCGCUCUCGCUCUGCGCAUUGUAAUUACUUCAUUACUUCUUCCUCCUCUACCUCCCCUGCCGUAGUUAGUCGCAGCCAAAAGCACCCAAAAACUGCUAAAACUAGCUAAAAAAAAAAAAUAUCAACAAAAAAUGAAAAUGAAAAGAGAAAAAAAACCAAGUAAAAUCGAAAAUCGUGUACUUAUUCGUUAUUGUUUCGUCGUCUAUAAGUAGCGCACUUUGCUCUGUAUAUACAAAAAAAAAAAGAA